UUUACCAGCUAGCAGUUCAGCGGUGUGCAGGUGGGAAGCAGAUCCAGCUCCCAUUGCUGGUGAAGCGUUCAUGAUGUAUCCUCCUGAACGGCCCUGGGCGUCCCCAGCACCAUGUCAGCAGGCAGCCUCAGCCCCCCAGAGCACCCUCUGCACCGGACCACUGCGGGGUCUCCAGCUAGCCAUGCCCUCCCUGGGGCGCCUCCUCCCCAGGGUCCAUGCAGCUGACAGUGUGACGCCUGUCCCGGUACGGAUCCUCUGCCCAGCCUCGUGGGCAAGCCAGAGUUCCCAGACACUGGAUGGGACCGCAUCAAGGAUCUCUUCGACAGGGAUGAAAUGCACAAGUAUCCAGAGGAGCUCUCCAGCGUGGUCCAGAGGAGCUCUCCAGCGUGGUCCAGAGGAGCUCUCCAGCGUGGUGCAGAGGAGCUCUCCAGCGUGGUGCAGAGGAGCUCUCCAGCGUGGUCCAGAGGAGCUCUCCAGCGUGGUCCAGAGGAGCUCUCCAGCGUGGUCCAGAGGAGCUCUCCAGCGUGGUCCAGAGGAGCUCUCCAGCGUGGUCCAGAGGAGCUCUCCAGCGUGGUCCAGAGGAGCUCUCCAGCGUGGUCCAGAGGAGCUCUCCAGCGUGGUCCAGAGGAGCUCUCCAGCGUGGUCCAGAGGAGCUCUCCAGCGUGGUCCAGAGGAGCUCUCCAGCGUGGUCCAGAGGAGCUCUCCAGCGUGGUCCAGAGGAGCUCUCCAGCGUGGUCCAGAGGAGCUCUCCAGCGUGGUCCAGAGGAGCUCUCCAGCGUGGUCCAGAGGAGCUCUCCAGCGUGGUCCAGAGGAGCUCUCCAGCGUGGUCCAGAGGAGCUCUCCAGCGUGGUCCAGAGGAGCUCUCCAGCGUGGUGCAGAGGAGCUCUCCAGCGUGGUCCAGAGGAGCUCUCCAGCGUGGUCCAGAGGAGCUCUCCAGCGUGGUCCAGAGGAGCUCUCCAGCGUGGUCCAGAGGAGCUCUCCAGCGUGGUCCAGAGGAGCUCUCCAGCGUGGUCCAGAGGAGCUCUCCAGCGUGGUGCAGAGGAGCUCUCCAGCGUGGUCCAGAGGAGCUCUCCAGCGUGGUGCAGAGGAGCUCUCCAGCGUGGUCCAGAGGAGCUCUCCAGCGUGGUCCAGAGGAGCUCUCCAGCGUGGUGCAGAGGAGCUCUCCAGCGUGGUGCAGAGGAGCUCUCCAGCGUGGUCCAGAGGAGCUCUCCAGCGUGGUGCAGAGUACCUUAGCUGCCGCCUUGGCUGGCAUGAUCUACGGAGGGCUGCCCGCCGCCCGGCACGCCAGGGAGAGGUUCAUCCAGCUCCACCAGUCUGAGAUAUACCACAGCCGGGUGGAAGCUGUGCGUUCUGCCCAUAAUGCAGCCAACCGGGGCUUUGUGCGGUACGGCUGGAGGUGGAGCUGGAGAGUAGCAGCCUUCGUCACAUUAUUCAA